AAUCACUGAUGUCGUGCUGUAUCUAGUACCCGCUAGAGCCCGUACGGGACCUUCACCCACCACCUAACGUUCACCAUCAUCAUCCAUCCAAUCCAUCCAUCCACCCUCUACAGUGUUCGACUCUCCUCCCACAAUUCAUCCUCUCUCCUCAGCGUCAGCCGCACUCUCACCAGGUACAUCGCCUGCCUCGAUCUUUUUUUGCGACUCCCUUUUUCGUACUACAACAACCGAUUUUGCGAUCCGCUUUGCCUGCCGCUCGUUUUGAUGAUGCCUCUUGCCCCUCGAAGGCACCCAAAAUCCGUAUAUUAAGCACUUCGACCGAGCUUAAUCUCCUAAGCCACCUGCUCGUCGACGGAGGCUGCCACUUCUAUUCUCUCACUGGACCGUCAUCGACAACGAAUAUAUCGUCGCGACUUAGAUACAUAUAUCCGAGCAUACACCGUCCGUCAUGCAAGCUCCGUCAUCCGGUUCUCAACGCGCCUUCGCCCAUCGUCGCUCGCCUGGCGCUGAGCCAGGGCCACCACCAAAUGUUCCCGUUCGAUCCAUCUCGCCGGCUCUCCAGGCACGAGCCUCAAGCGCCUCAGCGAGAUCUGUACAAUCGACCGGCUCCCGCAGGAUGAAUCGUGAAGGUUCCGGCAGCGGUUCCAAUAUGCCUCUAUCGCAGAUCGAAAAGAGCGUCACACACCUCCUCGUCGCAACAAAACAGCUUCUCGAGACCUUAACACAAUGGUCGCGCGGACAAGCUACCGAUAGCCAAGUGUCUGACGUUUACGUGCGCUUGGGUUAUGAAUUCAAUAUGGCGUGUCGCGCAUUCACGGCCAUCCACGUUGACACAUCUGAUUUAGGAAACGUUCCCGAUUUACUGCGACAUAUUCUCGAAGCGACGUUGAGCCAAGAGGCGAGUGCCGAGAGUCUGGAGAAAUACUUGCCUAGGAUCCGGGACAUCAUUAUUAAUCUGUUACACGGCCUAAAGCGCAAACAACAGAAGCUCCGCCAAAAGCAAGCUCGGGACCGCGACGGCCAUGCACCUCCCGACAGGGCAACCAGCGUUAGCACCGUUGGAAGCGGCAACAGCGGACUCACCAAUAUGUUAGAAGAGGGUCUUGAGAACGGGUUCCAGCCCGAUUCGCAACCGACUGAUUCUUUGCGUCAGUCAAGUGGCAGUACCAACCAGUCCCCGCGUCGCUUUAAUGCUCAGCGAGAAUCAUCUCGAGCAUCCGCCAUAUCAGAACAGUCUUCUCUUUCUAGCAACACUAUGCAAAGUAUGCCAGUUGUUCCACCUUAUCCAGAGGGCGAGAGUAGUAUUCCUACUGGACCUCCAGCACCUCCUGGGCCAUCCGGAGGAGAGCUAAAUAUCGAUUCGUUCCCUCCGCCCCCACCACCUCCGCCCGACAAUACCUCGAGUGCCCUGGCAGCUCUGCAGAAGGGUGGAGAUCUCGAAAGACGAGCUUCACGCAGAUACUCUCAAUAUCAAAUAUCCAAGCAUCUGGGAGGUGCUAAUGGUGUACCGAUUCUUCCACCGCAGAAUUCACCUGUGCCAAACCGAGGACGAAAGGAAGUUCGCGAAUCUCUGCGCGCAGUUCAAGGCCGACAGUCUAUACGACACAACCGUAAUACCUCCAGCCAGUCUCUGCGAACUACGGCUCCUGCCGAAGACUCUCCCGUCAGGAUACCAGACAGUGUUUCUGAGGAAUCAUCUUUAGCAGAAUUACCCGCAAAACCAGAUCCCCCAACGGUUCAAACUCCAGACGAAGCAUAUGCUGCCAGCGCAACGCUCAGUGGGCCUCCCACUGACCCUAUGUUCUUCAGCGAUGAUGCACCAGAGACACCGAAAGUCGAGAAACCAAAGGCCGAACCUGAAGUUGCUCCAACACCACAGCAAAAAGCUGCCGAGACCUCCUACUUCCAAGAUUCGCCCCCUCCAACUCCCACAAAGGAUCUGACCUUGUUCCUCCAGUACAAGUCCAAGGUAAAGAAGUUUGUUCUGCCGGAGGGACGCGCCGAGCUUACGAUCGGACGACUUCAACUUGCAUUUAUCGAGAAGUUUUCUUGGAAUACACAACACAACGGCGCAGAUCUCCCUGAAAUCUAUAUUCAAGACCCAGUUUCUGGUGUACGACACGAAUUGGAAGACCUCGCAGAUGUCAAAGAUCGAACUGUUCUGGUGCUCAAUGUUGAGGCUCUCGACGAAGUCAAGAAACACAUCGACGAUGGAAUUGCAUCCUUAACCGAAAUUGUUCGGGAUGUCAAGCAAACAGUUACCGAUCAAGGAGCUGCUCUUCAACGAGUUUCAGACCGACAACAAGAAGCUGCAAACGAAAUGGCUCGACUGGCACUAUCACCUCCAUCAACUUCUCACUCGACUGACGGAGCAAAGACACAGUUUAGCUCUGGAAGAAAGCUGGAUAGUAGUCAUCUUGGAGAAUUGAAGACCUUACGACGAGAUCUGGCUAUUAUGCGACAAACUUACUCCAAUUUCCAGGCCGAUAUUCAAGACUCAAUGGCUACCAUUCGCGCCAAAGCUGCCAAUGUCAAGGUUGCUACAGCCAAGGCGGCCAUUCCUGACAUCGAAGGCGACGCUGGUUACUCAUAUGUUACCAGUGGACGCAAGCAACUCAACAGCGACUCUGAUCGAUUGGUUGGUAAGGUGGACGACCUUCAGGACCUUAUCGAGGAUCUGCGAAAGGAUGUGGUGCACCGUGGUGUCCGACCACUGCCGCGACAAUUGGAUUCUGUUGGAAAGGAUAUCGCAACAUUGACCAAGGAACUGAAGAGAAUGGAAGAGUACAUGACUCAGGAGAAACCUAUUUGGACCAAGAUUUGGGAGAAGGAGUUAGAGGAUGUGUGCCAAGGGCGGGACGAGCUUCGCCUUAUGGAGGAUCUUUUGGUCGAUCUGCGGGACGAUCUGGAGAAGGCCUCCGAAACGUUCACUCUCGUGGAGCAGGCUACCAAGGAGCAAAUGAAGGACAACGGCACUGGCGCAAGUGCUGGAAGCGCCCGCCAAUUCUCCAAGGGCCUCAUCAACCUCGGCAACAGUGCCGAUCAAAGCGCCGCAAAGGAAGGUGUUCUUGGUGAAGUGAGAGCUUUACAGCCCAACCACGAAGAUCGACUGGAAGCCAUCGAACGUGCGGAGAAGCUACGGCAAAAGGAGCUAGCAACGCGCCAGGUCAACCCACUGCACCGAGAAAUCACCAAUUUUGUUGCGGACGGCAAGCUGAAGAAGUCAGGGGGAUUUGAGGAGGUCGAGCGCGCACGGAAAGCCAAGGACGAUCGCAUUCGACGAGAGGUUUGGCAGCGUCAGAACGGCAUCAUCCCCGAGAACCCCAUCGGCGAGGAGGGUGUGGACGCUGAAGCCGAUUUGGAAGACGAGGACGCGGCAUUUCUCAGGGAGCUCGAAGAAGACGAGGCACGACAAGCUCAGGCUCAGGCAGAAGCAGAAGCAGAAGCAGAGGCAAACCAACCUCCACCACCGCCACCAAAGGACGACGACGAUAAGCAACCUGAUCAACCAAAUGGCGCUUAGUCAGUCACAUUGGUUUUAUGAUCGAGUAUAGAUAUCUUGAUGUGCCUAGAUCGGUUCCACUAUGUUUAUGGAGAUGAUGCCUGGGAAGAAGAAACGCCUUAUGCGAGAUUGUUUGAACGCGAUAUGUCAGUACGGAAUAUGGUUAUGGACUUAGGAAGGACGGACGGAUAUAGGAGGCAAAGGCUCUCUAAGCCAGCAUUUUCUUACCCCCUUUUUUCGAUAUUCUCGUACUUAGUUAGCCUUUUUGCUCGGUAGUUUUUAGUUGGGAUUUUGACAUAGCGGAGGCGAAGGGGAUUUUGUUGUUUUCACUUCAUCAAACGUUUCAUUACAG